AUGAACUCUGCUUUAAAACCAGUGCUACCCCAGCCAGGGGUGCCCCAGCCUGGCGGUCAGGCGAGUCCCGCCAAGGGAAACGUUGCGAGCGCGAAUCACGCUGUAGGACUGCCGCAGGGCGCUCAAAACUCUUUGCAUCACGGAUCCAAUAAUCUGGUUGGCCAGAAUCUUACACAUCACGCCGUAAAUAUACCUCCACUGCCGUCCCACGCGGUGCCGUCCAUGGCUCCCGUGUCUGCCAACAUGGCCCAGAUGGCACAAAACAUGAGCCACCACGGAAACUUGUCACAUAUAACACAAAAUUCGAUCACUCCAGCAAAUGUUGCCGCUAGCCCUAGUAAAAGUGCAACCACCAGUGCUCCUCUCAGUUUAGUUCAAGACAAAGCAUCAACAACCACAUCUCAACCUUUAGCAUUAACUAGAACACCUGAGAAAAAAGAGCCAGAUUCAACAGGCCCAGCCAAUGGCACUAUUGAUUCACCUAAAUCAGGAUCAAAUACACCUGCCACAUUAAAACCUCAGAACCCUGAAUCAAAACAGGAAAAGCAGGAUAUUGCUAAAACAUCACCUAGCACACCAAAGCCUCCUGAAAAAGUAGCUAGCACUCCUACUACUCCACAAAAGCCUGAAACAUCAAAUCCUGUCAAUCGGGCUGACAGCCCCUCACAGCCUAAAGUAGCUACAGCUAAUGAAGUACCAGAAAAAUCACCAUCAAAACCCACAGAACCUAAGCCAGCACCUGAUGCAGAUGUAGCACCUACACAAAGUGAUAGUAAACCUGUGCCAGAAUCUGCUAAUGAAAAUCAAAAUCAAGAAAAACCUUCCCCGCAGAAAGAACCUGAACCAGUCAAACCUGAACCGGUUAAAGAAGAGAAGGAAGAAGUGACAGAAAAACCUGUUCAACCUGAGGAGAAAAAGGAAGAAAAAGAAGAGUCUCCAAAGCUAGAAGAGCAAGAACCACAAACAACAAAAGAAGAAUUAAAAGUUGAAGAUAAAAAAUUAGAUGUGAAAACACCAAUUAAAUCCGAAUUAAAAGUAACUCCAAAAUCAACAUUAAAAUUGGCUACAGUGACUCCUCCAAUGAGGAAAAGACGGCAGGCUUCAGAGAAAGUGGAUGGACCAACUCCUGCAAAGAGGCAACCUGAAGGUGAUGCCACACCAGACACAAGAACUAAAAGGAAUCGGACAAAGGUACAACUAUAUCAGUCUCCGACACCGGAAAUAGCGAUGGCUACUAAGCUGUCGGCCUCAGCGGGACGGUCCACACCGACCAAACAAAAUGACGACAAACUGAUCGUCUUUUACAAGAAUGAAUAUCUGGCGGUGCGUAAUGCCGAGGGAGGUUUCUACGUGUGCCAAGCUCUACAAAACGUGUAUAGAACUACGCGCAAAAUCAAAAUACGUUGGCUGUCUCAGGAUAAGUCUGACUCAACCGGAGAGACAUACAAGCCCGACUUUUAUGAUGUCACAGAUAUGGAGUGCGUGCUGACGACGCUGUCGCUGGCGCGGGGCGCGGGCGGCGGCGGGGGCGGCGGUGCGCUGCGGCUGCGCGCGGGCGAGCACGCGCGCGCCGCCUCCAUCCUGCAGCGCGCGCUGCGCGCCGAGGCGGGCGGCGGCUGCCUGCCGCUCACAGAGGAGCACCCCGACGGACUGGACCUAUCGCUAUACACGGACGAAUCGCAGCUCGACAAGAAGUCGCGUAAACGUAAUAGUUCGAAGAGCUCGCGGAGCGCGGACACUAGCGAGACUGCGAAAGAAGAGGUGACGCCUAUCAAAAAAACGCGGACACCAAAGCGCAGUCCGAAAAGCGUAACCAAACCAAAAGCCAAGCGGCAAGGUAGUACGCCCACUGUGGCGCCCUCUAGCAAGGUAGGCAUAGUACGACGGAUAUAUAGAAAUACCGCAACGGCACUAACGGAAAAGGCUAAGGCGAAAACGCCCGGGAAGCGAACCCCCGUCAAGCCUACAAAAGUUGAAACACCAGUGACUACUCCCAGAAAGGGACGGCGUACUGCGAAAGAAAACAAACCAUCACCAAUGGUGCCCACGCCGUCCACAUCUACCGGCAAAACCAGUCGCACUCGCCGCCCUAUAAAGAAA